UAGGGAUAUGCCAGUCGCAUGAACCGCUCUACCGGGAACUCUGCCCUCUUCUCAAUCAUCAUCAUCAUCUACAGCUUCGAGCCGUCAUUACGUCUAUGCUCGCUAGAGUAGCCCUUGCUCCGCCCCUCCGACUACCCCGGAAAUCUCUGGCAACAACACAUCAGCCCUACCUUCCGUAAGCAGCGUGCGAUUACGGUAUACCGCUCUUGAUCCAAGGCUCAGCCACCUUUUUUCAUCUAUGUUCCUCCGCGCACAUCCGCUCAAGAAACCAUUACAAACUUUAGUAUUCUCAGCGCCCAAGUAUCGAUCAUCCGGACAUUUUACCAAGCAGUGUUUUACCCGGUUCACUGUACACACCCCCGCAUCCUUCGAAUCCUGCACAACCCGGGCAUAUCAUUACGAGCGGAACUCUGCCUCGGCUUACCCCAAGAGAAGUGGGACGGAACUUUGGACUGUUGCGAUAGUUGUUAGCAUUGCGAUCGGCAGCGCGCUACUUGUGCCCCUGGUCAGGACUUCUCUAGGGAGCACGACAGAAGAGAGGAUUCCAACAUCGCAAUUCGACGUCGCAGACCUCACAAACUCAUUCCUCGUCAUGGCGCAAAAUACCCCCGCCGGGCGACCGGGAACGCUCACACCCGAACAAGAGAGGAAGCUGCGCGAGUUCUGGGCAGUCACGAUAAAGGUCUUCGGCGUGGACUCCUCAGACGAAGAACUCAAUGGUGCAGAUACCCCUGCAGCGACACCAGCGAGUGAAGCGCCGGUAGCAGACGGAAAGAAGGAGAAGAAGAAGAGCAAGUUGAACGUCUUUAGACGGCACAAGGGCGAGAAGGGUGCAGAGGCCGACUCCACCACUACAUCAGGGACUACUACCCCGUCGGAUAUCAGCAGAUUGUCGAUAUCGGCCGAGGACGACAAGCAUGGGCAGCACGCAGACUUCAAGACAGCAAUAGCCAACACACCGCCAGAAGAGCUGCGAAGAGCGUUUUGGGACAUGGUCAAGUAUGAUCAUCCCGAUGCGCUUCUCCUCCGGUUCUUGCGCGCAAGAAAAUGGGAUGUCGAGAAGGCGCUCGUCAUGAUGAUAUCCACGAUGCACUGGAGGUUAGAGGAGAUGCACGUCGACGACGACAUUGUAAAGAACGGCGAGCUCACAGCGUUUCAAACCAAGGACGGCGAUGCUAAAUCCAAGAAGAACGCUGAAGAUUUCCUGACUCAAUUACGCAUGGGCAAGAGCUUUCUACACGGACUCGACAAGGAGGGAAGGCCAAUGUGCUUUGUCCGCGUCAAGUUACACAAAGCGGGCGAGCAGACUGAAGAGAGUCUAGAAAGAUUCACCGUCUACACUAUUGAGACAGCGCGCAUGCUGUUGAGGCCGCCGAUUGAUACUGCCACCAUCGUCUUCGACAUGACCGACUUCUCCAUGGCUAACAUGGACUACACGCCUGUAAAAUUCAUGGUAAAAUGCUUCGAAGCAAACUACCCCGAGUCGCUCGGCACCGUUCUUGUCUACAAAGCCCCAUGGGUCUUCAACGCUAUAUGGAGUAUCAUCCGCGGCUGGCUUGACCCCGUUGUUGCCGGCAAGGUACAUUUCGCCAAGAACAUUGAAGAGUUGAGUCAGUUCGUACCGAGGAACCAGAUCCCGACAGAGCAGGGAGGUGAUGAGAAAUGGGAGUACAAGUACCCAGAGCCCGUAGCGGGGGAGAACGACAAGAUGAAGGAUGACGGUGCGCGGGAGGCGCUCCAGGCAGAUAGGGCGGCGACAGUCAAAAAGUAUGAGAGUAUAGUGUUGGAGUGGGUGCGCGCGGGAGACACUGGGAAGAGCCUGGAAGAGAGGAGGAAAGAGCGGGACUCGUUGGCCGAGGAGCUGAGGCAAAACUACUGGAAAUUAGACCCGUACGUGAGGGCGCGCACGCUCUACGAUCGCAUCGGCGUUAUUCAAGACGGCGGGAAACUCGACUUUUACGCUGAGGCAAACAAGGAGAGUCUUGUCGCUCCUGCGAGGGUGUCGACUAGUGCGGAUGACCUCGACUAGGCCAUUGUGCAGCACACUUUUGAUAAUGUGCAGAUUGGCACCUUGGUUUUGAUCGCUUGUAUUAGACCUGUUUGCCGGCGUGUGAGGUUGACAUGACAUGGCAUGGCAUGGCAUAGUAUGGUUUCUAGAGCUUCUCAGAGUCCGGCGCCGCCCGGAUUGUUCUCAAAAUGUAUAUAGCAACUAAUAUUAAAUCGUCCCAUACAAGAUUUUUAUGAAGAGACCUUGAUAUCUCUCCCACCUCUAGUCCGAUGACUCUCAUGGCUGUUCACCUCGUCCAGCUUCGUGGCCAUCUCAUCUACGUUCCCAAGGCUCUCGCCCGUGAGGUCGACAGCAGCGUUUCGGGCCUUCCGCGGCGAGUCGUCUCUUGAGGAUCUGGGUUGCGACUCCAUCUCAGGGCUGUCGACUUCUUCUGACUCGGGGAGAACUAGGUCUGUCGCCGGUCGAUAGGUGAUCUCGCCACGGGCGGCAGCGGCGAGACGCUGUUUUUGGCC